GAUGCUCCCACGUGGCGUUAGGAGGCGUCGAGGAUUUGCCUUGAAACUCUCCAGAGGCGUUUCUCGCGAGUCUGCACGACCGUCGCGCUGCGUUUCAGACUCCGAAAAACGCGAUAAGACUCAAGCUCAGGUCUUACGUUAAAAUCGCUCGAUUGAUCUCGCUAGGAUCAAUUCGACGGCGAGGGAUCUCUCCGGCUCUUUGGCCGCCACUCCGUCUUUUCGGGAACGACAGAUCAACCGCGACUGGUGCGCGCUCAUCUUCGGCCUUGAAGACGCCUCCAGAAUGCCCAUCCUCGUGGGUUUUUGUCUCCUGCUGAUCUCCACAACAGUCCAGACAAUCGAGGAGCUGAAACUAGUGCAUGUUGUAUUCACCCACAAGACACACGCACCUGUCGAGGAUCGCCAAAAUGGUCCCAAGGUGGAGAUCCAGCCCAAUCUGACGUACGCGUACUUCAGCGAAGUCCCUGAAGACAUGUUCAACGAGAACAAACUGAACAUGUUCAACCUCGGAGUGUACCUGCGACAGAGGUAUGGCGACUUUUUAGGAGAGAUUUAUACAGAAAACGUCACCACUCUUGUCACCAACCAAUUUGUCACGUCGAUGAUGUCGGGCAGUCUCGUCAACGCCGGUCUCUGGCCUCCAGCAAGUAUUCAACGGUGGCACGAUGAUUUACCUUGGCAGCCAAUUCCGACAGUUUACGAAGAGCUAAAGAAAGAUUACCUGCUAAUGGGGAACCUGUGUCCGAAUUUUCUGUCGGACACUGCGAGCGUUUUGGAAAGUGAUUCCAUGAAGGAACAGGUGAGCGUGUAUAAACCUUUGUUCGAUGAGCUUAAUCAACGCACUGGAUUGACUAUCGAUCAGCCAUCCGAAAUCGAAGGUCUGUACAUCACUCUGGAGACGAUGGCUGACGCUAACCAGAGUUUACCGGCCUGGAGUGCGGACAUAUUUCCAGACGGCCAGAUGUAUUUCGCCACGUUAUUAUCAUACAAUCUUUCAUCGAUAACAAAGCUGCAAAAACGGCUUAACGGAGGGGCAUUGUUGAAGAAAAUCAUCGACGACUCCGUCGCUCAUUUGGCGGGCAACAUUUCUAACGAUCACAAAAUCAUGAUGUACAGCGGCGACGAGAGGAACGUCGCAGGCAUUUUGCAGAAUUUAAAUCUAUGGUCGCCGCACAUUCCUAGCGAAGGUGCCGCCGUGAUCUUCGAGGUUUACGAAAUUAAUAAGGAUGACGGUUACAGUGUCAAGGUUCUGUAUUACACCGGCGUCGAUGGCGAGAUGAUCAACCUCACGUUGUCAGAAUGUACAGAGCUCUGUCCAUUAACCAAUUUUUCAGACAUUCUCUCGGACGUCCUUCCGACCAACGCGAAGACCCUGUGCGGUUGGAACGUUUCCGGAGACAUCGAGGAAGAGAAUUCCCCGGUUGAAAACUCUUCCCCGAAUCGCGAGAAUUCGGAGUCUCUCCUGGUUUUCCUACAUGUUGUGUACAUCUGGAGAGUGCUAACCUGACGCACGCUUGCAAUCAUUUUCAAAGAGUAAUUGUUACGCUGACAAAGAACAUUACGAGAUCACUCGAUCGACAGCUAUUAACGCCCCAAUGAAUUACAAAGAUUAGUCAUUAAUCGAGUGAUCUCGUAUUUUCUGCCGACGCAUAUAUAUUUAUAGGAAUUAUUAGUUAUGAAUAAUGGCGCUGUGCUGCCAUAAAAAAUGUUCGUAGGGAA